AUGGCAAUGAAGGUUAUUGUGUUCCUAUUGGCUGCAGCGGCAUUUGUGAGCGCGAUCAACGGGAGGACUAUAGUGGUUCACAAGAGCGGGGCUGACAUGGAGGCGGAGCAUUUCCGCCCCCACUUCAAGCCAUAUCCCGGCUUCCUCGGUGGAUACAGAGGCGGCGCUGGUGGCUUUGGAGGAUUUGGCGGAGGAUUCGGCAAAGGCGGAGUUGGUGGAGGAUUCGGUGGGUGGGACGGGUCGAGUGGCAGGGCCGGGAGAGGAGCUGGUGGGAUUGGAAGCAGCAAGCGUGGUGGUGGCAAGAGCCACGCUGGCAGCAGUGGCGGUGACGAGAUUGGUGCACCUGGUGACUAUUCUGACGAUGGAUCGUCUCCAUGA